AAACAAGGGAACAGCAGCAGGGAAACAAGAGGUGAACACAACAAUGAAGACAGGAGACGCAGGCAGGGAUCAUGACAAUAACAGUUAACUUUUCAACAUCCUUAUUAAACCCAACCCUUUCUGAACAGACAUAAAAGAACCUGAAGCAUUAUUUCUGUAUAGUCAUUCUGUUUCUGACACAUGAUGGAUCUGCAAGUCUCCGUUGUUCUUCUUUUCAUUUUUCUCACUGGAGGAUAUUCUCUCAAGUGUUACUCGUGCACAUCUGGUUUGACGGGGUCCUGUGAACUGAAAGUGGAGACAUGUCAAAAUGGAAAUUUUAAAUGUGCAAGCACCACGACAGAACAAUCCAUUGGGUCCGCUAAGGUGACUGUCACAAGUAAAGGGUGCAUGGAUAAAUGUGAACCAGGAACUGUACAGCUACCAACCGGAGGGACAGUGACUAAUCGCUGCUGUGACACUGAUCUUUGCAAUGCAGCAGAUGGAGUGUAUAAGGGAAGCUUCCUCCUGCUCUUGUCUCCUCUGCUCUUCUACUUCCUGUUUCAGUGAAUCCAGCUGAACGUCAUAGACCAGCAGAAACUCAAUAUGAUACACUAUCUGAUACUAUCUGAUGAAUAAAGCUUGUUUGUUGCUCUGCU